UGGGAGGUCGUGUCGCCUCCACGACUGCGCAUCAACUGGACUGAACCCCACAGAACCAUGCAGUUAGAGAACAUCCUCCCAAGUUCCUUACCCAAAACUUUUUACAACCUCUCCACGUCGGACAGCGCCAGCACAAGUCCGAGACCAGCCUCCCAGCUUGACUACCAAGAGGUGGAGCGGGCGGAGUCAGAGUCCAGCGUCGGGGCAAAGAAGUACUUGAGCGGGACCGGGAUGCUGGCGGACACGGACGGGGACAGCUUCUCUAAAGCCGGGCCCGAUGGGAGGAAAGGCUCCCCGGUGCUCGGUGAGGACGAGCUGACGAGUCGGCGAUACAUUGAUGAACUUGGAGCUGAUCGGUAUUUCAUCACGUCCUCUCAGGCCAGCUCCGACAUGGCAAAUCCGUGCUCCAUCUUCCCGUACGCGGGCCAGACAGGCUCCGUGUACACCGGCUCCAGCAGCUCCAGGUACCCGGCCUCCCUUCACUAUGGAUCCGUCCUCCCUCCGGCUGGCUUCUCGUCGUCCUCAGUGUGCACCGGCCGGAGUCAGUUCAGCACCGGAGGGUAUCAGUUCAGCCAGGGACCGGGCUGUCUGUACCCGUCAUAUGCCGGGACAGGGACCGGGAUCGGCUCCAUGUCUCUGCCGGGCGCGGGCGUCGGAGCUCGGGCUCAGGUGUAUCUCUGCAACCGGCCUCUGUGGCUCAAGUUCCACCGUCACCAGACUGAGAUGAUCAUCACUAAGCAGGGCAGGCGGAUGUUCCCCUUCCUCAGUUUCAACAUCACGGGGCUGAACCUCACGGCCCACUACAACGUCUUUGUGGAAAUAGUUCUGGCGGAUCCGAACCACUGGCGCUUUCAAGGAGGGAAAUGGGUCACCUGCGGCAAAGCGGAUAAUAACAUGCAAGGAAACAAAAUGUACGUUCAUCCUGAAUCCCCAAACACCGGAGCUCACUGGAUGAGACAAGAAAUCUCUUUUGGCAAGUUGAAGCUCACAAACAACAAAGGAGCAAACAACAACAACACACAGAUGAUCGUCCUACAGUCCCUUCACAAGUACCAACCACGUCUCCACAUCGUUGAGGUGACAGAAGAUGGCGUGGAAGACAUGAGCAACGAGGCCCGGACCCAAACCUUCACCUUCCCAGAGAACCAGUUUAUAGCCGUCACGGCCUACCAGAACACAGAUAUCACACAGCUAAAGAUUGAUCACAACCCCUUUGCAAAAGGCUUCCGUGAUAAUUAUGACUCGAUGUACACGGCUCCAGAGAGUGACCGGUUGACACCAUCUCCCACAGACUCCCCUCGAUCCACACAAAUCGUUCCCGGCGCCCGCUACGCCAUGCAGCCUUUUUUUCAGGACCAGUUUGUCAACAACCUGCCUCAGAACCGCUUCUAUGCCAGUGAGCGGACCGUUCCUCAGACCAACAGCCUCCUCUCCCCGCAGAGCGAGGACACCUCUGCAGCUGCUACCGCCCAGCGCUGGUUCGUCCCCCCAGUUCAGCAGCCGGGCACCAACAAACUUGAUCUGUCCUACGAGAAUGACUAUUCCACUAGCAGCCUGCUGUCCUACGGCAUCAAGCCCUUAUCUCUACAGACGUCCCACGCCCUCAGCUACUAUCCAGACUCAGCCUUUGCCUCUAUGGCCGCAGGUUGGGGCACCAGAAGCUCCUAUCAGCGUAAGAUGACCACAGGUCUACCCUGGUCACCGCGCCCAAGUCCUCCAGCGUUCCCUGAGGACCAGCUCGGAGCAACAAAAGACAAAAUGCCAGAAGAGAGUGCCCCGCCAUCCUGGAUUGAGACAUCUCAGUCUCUGAAAUCAAUAGAGUCCACUGACUCGGGCGUCUACUCCAUGGUCUGCAAGAGACGCAGGAUGUCCCCGGGGGGCUCCAGCACAGAGAACUCUCCGACCAUCAAGUGUGAAGACUUGACCUCGGAGGAUUACAAGGACAACCCAAAAGGCAUGGGCUAUUAUGCAUUCUACACAAGCCCUUAAGACUGUAUUUAUUAAACUAAAUAUGACUCUUUUGUUUACUAUUGUGAUCACCUUUCCUUGAUAAUGUCUUUUCUCUCUUCUCUCUCAAGGUGCCAAAGCUUAGUGUCCCCCACUCCCCCAAGCAAGCUGCACAAGAACCCCCCCCCUCCCCCACAUGCCAACCCCUCACUAACCUGAGCAAAACCAUCCCUAGUACUUGUUUUCUUUCCCUACAAAAAAGCAUGUUUAUUUCAUGGAUUCAUUUUAAUCUGUAAAUAUGUUUUUAAAAAUGUGAAUUCCCUCCCUCCUCCCCAGCCAC